AAACAAAGACCGUGUAGCUAGGGAAAUAUGAUGGGAUCCUUCCUCUACCUAUCCUUCUCCUCCAUGACUUGUAUAUAAGCCUCGUCCUCGCAUCUCCUGUUAAUUGCCGCCAUUCGUCUUGACAAGAAGAAGAAGAGGAGAGGAGAGGAGAGGAGAGGAGAGGAGAGGAGAAGAAGAGGAGGAGAGGAGAGGAGAGGAGAGGAAGAGAAGAAGGGGAGAGGAGAGGAGAGGAGAGGAGAAGCUAGUGUGAUUAGUAGCGAGCGAGAGGUGGUUGAUUCAACAAGGUGUGAUUCUGUAGCUGUUAGCAUGAGCCGAGGGGGCAGCGGCAAGCUCCACCUGCACGUGAGCUGGCUAUGGCGGGCGCCUCGGCGCGCGCUGGGCGCCGCGCGGGACCUGUACGUGCGCAGCCUCACGGCCUGCGCCGGCCACCUCCCGGCGGAUGCCGCCUUCGGCUACCCGACCUUCGCCUGCAGCGCCGACAGCUUCGCCUCCUCGUCGCGCCGCUCCUCCGACGUCGACGACGACCUGCGGGAGCUCAUACGCGCCGCGUCGCAGAGGCGCGCGGCUGCCGAGGCGGCGCACCCCGCGGCCGUGUCCAGGAGCCAGAGCGUGGCCAUGGCGAGGAUCGACGAGGACCGCCCGUGCGAGUUCGGCGGAGAGGUGGUGCUGUUCCCCAGGAGCCGGAGCUGCGCCGUCGGGGCCGGCCGGCUCGCCGGACGGAGGGGCAGGAUAGCCGCUCUGCCCGCCUGAUCCUUUCCUUGUGAACACAGCAUUGUUUAUAUUCGUAUCAGCGUUCAUGCUUCAUACUCUAUUCUUUUCUCAGUUUUUUUUUUGGCUGUAGAAUUUUGCAGCUGUGCUCGGUGGCAGCGUAGCCAUGUCGUCAUCCAAAAUUAUUACUAAAUAUAACUAAUAUGAAUAGUAAAUAAACAGUAAAUUUUAAA